GCGAGUCGCUUUAGUGGCUGCGGCUCCUAAUUAAUUGCAGCUAUCUGUCUCCUAUCGAUGUGUGUGUACGUGUGUGUUGUGUGUGUGUGUUUCCUCUUUUCUCCCCAAACCGAACAUGAAAUAGUUUGUUGGGCUUCACUUUCCUUCCUCCUCUCCGUCCCCCCUUCCUUCCUCCCCGUCCUGGUUCGCAGGCAGACGCAGGACAGAUUGAACCCCAGCUGUGUGCGUCGCUUUCGGUCGUUGCCAUUUCCCCCCUCCACUGCCCGGUGAUGUUGGAUAUGGGAGAACGCAAAGAGGUGAAAAUGAUUCCGAAGUCCUCGUUCAGUAUAAACAGUUUGGUGCCCGAGGCCGUGCAGAGCGACAACAACAACCACCAGAACCAGCACCACCACCAGAACCAGCACCACCUCCACAGCCACCAGAACCACCUCCACCACCGGCCCGGCGGCGCAGACGAGCCCGAGCAGAAAUCUCCUCUCCCGGCCGCGCAGCAGGAGCCAAAGACGGACCCUAAAAGUGACGCGUCGGGUCAGGAGAGCUGCCCGGAGGAGAAGGAGAAGUCGGAGGAGAAGAAGGACGCGAAGGACGCGGACGGAGGCGCCGGAGCGAAGGACGGAGACAAGAAAAGCGGCAAGUACGAAAAACCUCCGUUCAGCUACAACGCGCUGAUCAUGAUGGCCAUCAGACAGAGCCCCGAGAAGAGGCUCACCCUCAACGGCAUCUACGAGUUCAUCAUGAAGAACUUCCCGUACUACCGGGAGAACAAGCAGGGCUGGCAGAACUCCAUCCGCCACAACCUCAGCCUCAAUAAGUGCUUCGUCAAGGUGCCCAGACACUACGACGACCCGGGGAAGGGCAACUACUGGAUGCUGGACCCCAGCAGCGACGACGUGUUCAUCGGCGGAACCACCGRGAAGCUCCGGCGGAGGUCCACCACGUCCCGGGCCAAGCUGGCCUUCAAGCGGGGAGCGCGGCUGACCUCCGGCCUGACCUUCAUGGACCGGGCCGGGUCCCUGUACUGGCCCAUGUCCCCCUUCCUGUCCCUGCACCACCCGCGGGCCGGCGGCGCCCUGGGCUACAACGGGACCUCCUCAGGUUACCCGGCUCACCCCAUGUCCUACAGCACCAUGCUCACCCAGAACAUGGGCAACAACCACUCCUCGUUCCCGUCGUCCAACGGGCUCAGCAUGGACCGGCUGGUCGGCGGGGAUCUCCCCUACGCGACUCACCACCUGACGGCUGCGGCCCUGGCGGCCUCGGCGGUGCCCUGCGGCCUCUCCGUGCCCUGCUCCGGGGCCACUUACUCCCUGAACCCGUGCUCGGUCAACCUGCUGGCCGGGCAGACCAGUUACUUUUUCCCCCACGUCCCGCACCCUUCCAUGACCACACAGACCGGCGGCGGCUCUUUGCAAGCCGCCCGGGCUUCGGCCUCCAAUUCCCCGCAGGCUCCGUCCUCCUCCUCGCUGCCCUGUGACUCUCUGAGGCCGGCUCUGUCCGGAUCUCUGCCGGCCUUCUCCUCGGGACUUUCCGGGAGUUUGUCUGACUAUUUCACGCAUCAGAACCAGGGCUCGACCUCCAACCCGCUUAUACACUAACACCCCCAAACCCUCACCCAGCCUCACCCCUCCACCCCCCUCCACCCUCUCAUUCCGGCCUGAAGGAGAGAAAAUCUGAACUUGACUGGAACUGUAAGUUGAACAUUUGACACUGAACACUGACGAUGUAAAAAAUAAAUAUAAACUACCUGCUGUAGAAAAGAGGAGAGAACAAAAAGAGCAGCAGAGGGAGGGAGAGAGAAAACAGCCCUGAAGCCUCCAGGUAUUUUUUAAUAUUAUCUUCUUCUCCUCUUCCUCCUCUUCCUCCUGCAGGUCUGUGUACAUACAUGUUCUCAGUGUCUGUACAGUUGUGUGUGAUCUGACAUGAAAACCCAGAGGAUGCUGGGAGCUGUAGGCUGAUGAUGAUCUUCUCUUCUUCUCGUUGGAGGAUUAACUUUUUCUAGAAUGUGUAUUUAAAAUAGUUUGUCUAAUUUUAAGAUUUAAAAAAAUACUACUACUAUCUUGUGAUGUCCGCAUGUUCGCAGUAUUAUCAGGUCUCAUGCGGCGCGGAAUGAUUUUAUUUUACAAAAUUCAAACACUAAUUUUUUUAUUUUAGAUUUGUAUCGUCUUCACAGUGAAAUGUGUUUUUUAAAACAGGAAGUGAAGCGACUCCCGUUAAUGUCCCGAGGCUGUUUCUCUCCUUCACAAGUGUCCAUGUGUUUUUUAGACCAAAGACUCGGUUCUUUUAGGAAACGUAGGAUCAGUGUUGAGCCGCGGAGCAGGACGGAGGCCUGGUGCCGGGCUGCAGCGGAGCGUGACGCACAAAAUGUCCAUUUAAACGAGAUUUAAUUUAAAUUGUUCCGUUUGGUUAAAUGCGCAGAAAAGUGUCUGGGGUUUGGUGCCAGGUUGUGUCUGCGGCGCUGAUUCGAUCCGCCUGGUUCCUCUAACAUCACAUGUUUGAAACUGUUGCUAGAAAAAGACGUGAAACCGAAUCAUUGGGUUUGAAAAGUCCGCAGUUGAAUGUCUGGAUGUUUUCCGCAGCUGACGAGGUUUCUGCCCUUAAAGAAACACGCGGACGGUCCCGCUCCUCCUUUCGUUGGGUUUUUGUAUAAUCACAGAGAGAACGUGUCUAUUUGUCUGAAUUUGGUUUCAACGUUUUUAAGAACAAUGUAAAAACCCGUUUGUUUGACAGAAGAAAAAAAAGCCUCAUUAUCUGAUAUGAUUGUCCUUUAAUUGUCGUCUCUAAAAGAAUUUUCAUGGUUGUGAUUCUAUUGUGGUCUGAUUCGUAUUCACGUGUUUGUCGCUUAUAAAAGUCAAAAAGAGAAAAAAAUGUUUUAAUCAUAAAAAAUAAAAGAAUAGGUUACA